GGGCGGACCGACGACGAGGGCUGCUGCUGCUGCUGUUUGGGGCUCAGACAGAGACAGUCUCACGGAAAACAUGGCGGAGGCUGCGGCGGUCCCUCCGCAUCGCUUCUUCUGUCACUGUUGUAAGGGUGAAGUGAGCCCCAAACUGCCGGAAUAUAUCUGUCCCAGAUGUGACUCUGGCUUCAUCGAGGAGGUUACAGAAGACUCCAGUCUUCUGGACAGUAGUUCAAAUAGCCUUGAUGACACAGCUUCACGGUUUGCUGAGCUAUGGCAGCUGUUAUUCGUGGAGAGGCCGUUCAGUCUGGAUCUAGACAGUCCUGACUCCGAGCGGGUUCCUGGAGGUGGCAGUGGGUCUGGGAGUCUUGGAACAGGGCCGUUUGGCGGUUCUGUCCCAGGUGGGCUCGGUGGGUCCCUGAGUGGCCCUCUAGGCGGAGGAGAGCACUGGGGUCCUGGUCGUCCUCCACGCCUGCACAUGCAGAGGAGGUACCGAUCCAGAGGAAGCAGUCGACCGGAGCGCUCUCCCGCUGUUGAGGGAAUAGUACAACAGUUUCUCGCAGGCCUUUUUGCCAAUUCAGGAGUACCAGGCUCUCCUCCACUGUCAUGGACGGGCAUGCUGCACUCAAACCCUGGGGACUACGCCUGGGGACAGGGGGGUCUGGAUGCAGUCAUCACACAGUUAUUGGGUCAGUUUGAAAACACGGGUCCUCCUCCUGCUGAGAAAGAGAAAAUUUCCUCCCUCCCCACUGUUAUCAUCACUCAGGAACACACUGACUGCAAUAUGGAGUGUCCUGUAUGUAAGGAAGACUACACAGUCGGUGAGCCGGUCAGGCAGCUGCCCUGUAACCACAUCUUCCAUAGUGACUGCAUCGUGCCCUGGCUUGAACUGCACGACACGUGUCCUGUGUGCAGGAAGAGCCUUAAUGGGGAUGAAAGCGGCACUCAGUCGUCAUCAGAGCCUUCCUCCCUAAACACUGAUCCUCGCACACCUGAGAGAUGGUCCUUCUGAAACACACGCACACACGUCCAUCCAUCUUAUCCAAGCGCUCUGUCUUAACCCAAGCUAUUUGUCUCUCUUUGCUUUUUUUUGGUCUAUCCUUUGUGUACAUGCUGGUAUAUUUUACUAUGGUUUGUUCACCUCUGUUCUCUAACACAGUCCUUCUCAGUUUUGUCUAUCCUAAUGUUUCUGUGUCUUUCAGAUGUCUUUGACCCCCUCCACAGUUUUCCACACAGAAUUUUGUUUAGUAUACCCUUCCCUUAUUCCUACCCUGAGUGAACAAAC